AAUUAGUAGCUAAGGUAUCCCUUUAUACCUAAGGAGAAUCCCAAGAUGUUGCUCAGAUGACCUAAUGAAAUGGGUCGCAGAGAAACACAUUACUGGCAGGCUUUAAACUGUGAUUCAAUGGCCCAGCAAAGCAUGAAAAUGCGCCCAGUUCUGCUCAAGAGGAAUAGUCUGGACUCUGCUGAUUGCAUGAGGCAGCCACAGCACCGCAGAAGCAAAUCCCAGCAAGUGCGGUUCAAGGAYGACGGGAUGACCAUGGGGGUCACUGAAACGGAUGCUCUUCCGGCCCAAAACACGACAUUCCUGAGCAGYAAUACAGAACUAAACAAGCACCAAGUUUUUUUGCCAAACCAAUCUCCGUCUUUCRCAAGGGCUCAAGAAGGUCUUCAAAACAUUGCCAUCCAAACAUCUCCUAGUCUCAGGAAGCACUGCCCAGUUUUUAAGAAAAAAAAGCUGACAAUAAGCAAAUCGUUAACAGAAAUGACAACCGAAUCUGCAAAUCCCAUCCCAGUAAAUGGUGAUCUUUCUGAGCAAGAUGUAAUGCUUUCUGACAUCUCUUACCUAAGAAUAAAUAAUCAUGUGGAAGAUGGAUUUCAAAAGAGUGAGGUGGACAAUCAGUUACAGCAAAAACCAGCAACGAAAUCGCAAUGCAAUGGACCUAUCUACUCAAACUCUGACGAUCUCCUGGUACCAGAGAAGCCACCUGCUUCUAUACAGGUGCCAGAAUACAUACAUGUGAGCUUCCCACAGGACAACAAGGCUACCACGGACGCACUAGACACGACCAUAGAUUUAAGCAGUUCAUUGCAUUCUUCUACUGCCAUGAAUCAAUCCAKCGACAACCACACACUGCCAUGUAAUUCUGAAGAACCACAUCCUUGCUUAGGCAAUUCCAGUCACUGCAGCCAGCGCCUUCCACACCAUGACUCCUGUGAAGCAGCCUGCGAGUUACCCACAGCCAGCAAAGACUCAAGCAGCAAGGAAACUGCUCCUCUGCUGCCUCCAUCAAACCACAGUUCAUCCCCUUUUGUCCCCAAAGACUCUUGGCAGUCUAGASAGCACAGAACAGAUGUCAACUGUGUGACACUAACGAAUGACAACCAUGCAGCAAUGUCACUGGCCAGCACCAAUGCAUCUAAACCCAUUCCUCCAUUUCACAAUGAGAAAAAUCCCACUCAGCCAGAUGUUUCAGAUUUUAACAACUGCAUAGAAGGAUUUCAUAUAACAUCUUAUCUGCCAAGGAAUGAAGUAAAACCACAGACCAGCAAAGAGAUUAGAGAAAUUAAUCAAAUCCAUUUAGCACAUGGCGAACUAUGUGCCCUCCAAGGCAGGCUGCAGUCUGUAGAGGAAUCCUUGCAGUCCAACCAGGAGAAGAUUAAAGUCCUUUUGAAUGUAAUUCAAGAUCUGGAAAAAGCCAGAGCUCUGAGCGAGGGGCGUAACUUCUACCACACUGGUCAAGACCUCAACAACUGCAGCACCUGUCAGAACACAGCGUGCAUCAUUUACAGUGUUGAAUAUGACUUCAGACAACAAGAAGGAAGAUUUCAUCAAAUUUUGAAAAGGCUGGAUCAUGCGGAGCAAAGCCCGGCUCCAGCUUCUCCUCAAAAGCUACCACCAGAACCUCCAGUCUCCGAGAAAAAAGAAUUAAGAAGGAAAACAAAAAAGAUGAAAAAGAAAUGCUUCUGGUGGAUUUGACUGCCUUAUGGAUCAUACACAAAAACACAGAGCUUUUACAUUUCAAAAGACACCAGAACACAUAUGAAGAGAUUGACAGCACACACCUGCUAACUGUGCUAUAAUGAUAUCAAGUAGAAAGCUAAAAACAAAGUUUAAUAUCUGAGUAUGUGAAAAAUCAAAAGAUUUGAAUUUACUUAACAAAUCAUCUUACCGAUUAAAUACUCAGAGACUAUUUUCAAACAACAACAAAAAAACUGUUUUGUUUUUCUCAUCUUUCUCCGAGAACAUUUUCAUAUGCUUUGUAAGGACUUUUGUUUCAGACCUCCCAGAAAUGCUACUUGAAAAAGCAAGUACAGACAAAGCUAAGAACACCAUUCUCUCCUCACUUCCUACUUUUAAGCAACAUGGACUGAAAACAAAAUCAACAUGCACUGAUCACUAAACAAAUCACAUAACCAAAUACAUGUUCAGGGUGAUGUAUGUUGCUCAAAAAUACCAACUAAAAAAAACAUUUCUCAAAGGAGACAGUGACACAUAUUUCAUAACCCAYUGAAAUACUUUGUUGCUCUUGUCCAAUAUGUAGCAAAGCAAAGCAAAUAUUUCAGAUUAAAUGUUACCCCUUCCUUCUAAUGUUUCAUUUUAAACAGCAGUAAUUUAAAGGUUUCAUUCAUUUAACAGAUUUCUSUAGAAAGACUUCCAGAAUUAUAAAACGUGAGACUUCCUCAAAAGAUUGAGCCCAAUUCCCUUCUUAAAGCAGGUCCACUUUGAUAGGACUGAUCAGAACUGUGUCCAGUAGAGGUUUGAAUAUACAUUAUAUUUUACAUACACACACAAAAAAUAUAUAGUCUUUACAAUCUCUCUGAGAAACUGUUCCAAUGACAGGCGUUUACCACUUCUACAAUGAAAAACUUUUUCCUUACAUGAAAAGUAGUUUCCAGUGUUCUAAUACGUCCACUGCAUCUUGUCCGAUCCCAAAGCACCUUCAAGAGGCUGGCUCAGUCUUAUCUUUAAUCUCCCG